AUUUGCUCUGAAAAACAAGUCAAAAAUAUAAAAUACGAAAAUGUUUUUCCUUGUAUUGUUAGCCAAGAGGUUCGCAGACGUUAAAAGUAUGUCAGGGUUGGGUAGGAUACAGCAAAAAACGCCAACCAACCCCUUCAAUCGCAUGGAAACCAGUUAACGUUGUCCUAGGUCGUUCAUAGUUUCUUGUUUCAAAAGCUACGUUUACAGCAUAGUGAUACCUAAGGCCACACAGUGGAAGAGUGGAUAAUGCAUUUGCAUUAAGGCAAGGAAGUUAUUCGUUAAAUCCCCAGUGAUAAAAGAAGCAUGGCGGAUAGAAUGGAGGAGGACGUGGAGGAAGUGCCAGCAGAAGAAGACGACAUGGACUCAGACAGAGAGGAGGAAGAUGGACUAUUUGAUUGGAUUGUACAUGAGGAGAUGGACGAGGAGGAGGAAGAGGAGGUGGAGGUGGAGGAAGAGGACAAUGAACAGCCCAUAGACACUGAAUCCUCGGAGUCAUUCGAGUUGGACAUGCCGGCUGAGAGAAGUGGUCACAUCGCAGUUGUUGACCGAAAUGUCAUGUAUGUGUGGGGGGGAUACAAGAAUGCUCAAAACCACGGAUUCUUCGACUUGUAUCUGCCGCGAAAUGAAAUCUGGGCAUACAACAUGGAGUCAGGCGUCUGGACAAAGCGCGUGACUGGAGGAAACCUGCACACCUCCAUGUCAGGCAGCUGUGGUGUGUGUGUCGAUGGCGUCCUCUACCUGUUUGGUGGUCAUCAUGCAAGAGGAAACACAAACAGGAUUUAUCGCCUGCCCUUGAGAGCACGCAGCCUCGUGUGGGAGGAAAUGACAAAUCUGGAAGGACUUCCUCCAUCCUCCAAGGACAAGUUAGGAUGCUGGGUUCACAGAAACAGACUAAUAUUCUUCGGUGGCUACGGCUACGCUGCUCAGGGACCUCAUCGAGGCACAUUCGAAUACGACGACUCAGCGUCUUUUGUGUGGGAAAGCCCUGGGCGAGGUUGGAACAAUCACAUUCACAUCUUGGACUUGGAGGCAUUGACAUGGAGUCAGCCCAUAACCACAGGUAACACUCCGUCACCCAGAGCAGCUCAUGCCUGUGCCACAGUUGGCAACAGAGGUUAUAUGUUUGGGGGAAGAUACAAGAACUUCAGACUAAACGACUUGUACUACAUCGACCUGGACACAUGGGAAUGGCAUGAAAUGACUCUUCCUCAGUUGUGUCCCGUGGGCCGGUCCUGGCACUCCUUCACCCCCGUCUCCCCAGACCACAUCUUCUUAUUUGGUGGUUUCACCACAGAAAGGGAGACACUAAGUGAUGCCUGGCUCUACUGUGUCACCAAGAACGAAUGGAAGCCUUUCAAUCACAGUCACACACAGAGCCCCAGACUGUGGCACACAGCUUGUCCUGGUCCUGACGGAGAGGUGUUUGUGUUCGGGGGUUGUGCCAACAACCUGUUGUCUCAACACAGAGCUGCUCACAGCAACGAGUUAUUGGUUUUCAACGUCCUACCAAAAUCACUGGUCGGCUUCUGUAUGGACCUGAUCCUGCAGCACAGGGAGCGUUUGUCCAGUCACUGGGACUGUCUGCCCAAGUCCAUCCUGCACAGCCUCAAACAGAGAAUGACACGGGUCAACACACUGGGAUCGUAGACUGUAAGAAGCGGCGCGACAAUCUAAGCCAGGGUGUAUCUACUGUACAGUAGCUGAUGGUAGCCUCCCUCAGAGCAGGUAACACCGUGACUGUGGUCACACUUGUAUUUGAACUCUGUGGUUCAAGUUCGCUGUUUGAGUGACCUGAACAGCUGUAGCACUGUUUAAGUUAACCAUAGACUGUACAUGUAACUAGACAAAGCUGUGGUUUUAGAGGGUGAGACGUCCAGACGUGCUAACCUUCUGCAGAAGUGACACAGUUGUAUAGGAGUCUAUUUCAAUUCUCCCUGCAUUUCUAGAAUCAGUGAUCAUUUGAAGAAGAUCACAGCCUUCUGAGGUCAGUUCCUGUUCUCCUGUAGGAUAUGAGGUCAGCUUAGAGAAUCACAAUCACACAUGGAUAGAAUGAGAGGAUAACAUAAAACUUAGAGGGUAAAUCUGAUUGGUCACCAGCUGCAUUAUUGUAAACUAUCAAUCACACAUGAUGGCCAGUCAUAUUCAGCCUCUGACUUCUAUAUUCUUACUCUCUGUCCACAAACGAUUAAAAUGUUCCUGAUGUUUUGUAGACGACCCAAAACUAUGUCUUAGGCCAAAGUCCUGAGGAGCAAUAAAAAAAACUCGCCAAACCUGAGGCCUGCAAACAUAAACACACCCUGUAGUUCAAACUUUUGUAACAAAGGAUUGGCCAGUAUUAUUCAAUUUUCAAGAUGCAAAAAAUACUUCUUUUUUUUUUUGGAUUAAUUUUCUAUUUUAUCAGGUGAAAUAUAAUCUUUGAUUUACAACAUGGGCGUGUUUAGUUGAACACAAAGUUGAUAUACUGGCAGGAAUCAAAGAAAUGACAAAACAAAUGAUCUGCAUUAAAUAAAGCCUAGUUUUCAGACCAAUUCAAAUAAAUUGGAUAAUUUCUUUUUACUGAUCAAAGAUAGAGGAUUUUUAUUGGCCUACGUACAAUUCCAUCCUUACUGCCAUCAGUAGAGCACUUCCUGCAUUCUUGUGUGGCCCUUUAACCUCAGCCUGUAACUGUUGUAGACGUGUCCAAUGUUCAUCUACGGUCUAUGGUUUUAACUGAACAAAAUUCAUCAAGUGUGAGCACAGCCGAACUGCAAAGCAACAGUUGCCAGCAGUCAGCGCUAACGUUUGUAGGUCCUUCGAUGACUCUCUCUUGUUGAUUAUUGUCUAGCAGUCACUAAGCCAGUAGAACUGUCAGUGGAGCAGCAGUGCUGUUGUUGGCACAGAGGCAUCUUUAAUUUUUUUUUUGUCCUGUAAAAUUAUUUUUGCUGCACCCUCUGAUAGGGUAAAUUUGUUUCAGUUCAUAUUUAUCACGAGAGAGUGGUUUGCAUAAGUCUCAGCCCCCCCUUGACACCUGCCUUAUUUAUUCUUUACCAAAUGUUGCCUCCAGUUUUUACAGGGGUAUUUUUGAGAUAGAUUUUUGUUUGGUUUGGAAACUAUUUCACUGACAUGUUAACAGCAUUACCAGCUAAUGUACAGUGUGUUUAAAAUCCCUUUGCGUGGAAUGUCCACAUCAGCCAUUUCAAAUAGAAAUUUUCUAUUUUUGGACAAACUCUGUUUCCCUAUUAGCCAAGGAUUUAAAGGCAGUCAAGGCAGUGGCUAAAAUGUGUCUAAAACUUAUGAACAUUAUCUUAAAGUAGCUUCUUUUGAGAAAUGAAACACAUUCUAAAAGCAGGAUUUUGAGAAAUAAUCACAGACUGGUGGCUCUAAAUUGUUGACGUAAAUAAAAGUAAAUUCUUGAGUCGAAAUCUUCCAAGAAUGUGAGACGACCUGUGCACAACACAAGUGUUUGUCACUCAUUAUUGAUGAAAUUCUGCAGAGUUAUUUCUCACAGCAGCUAAAACACUCCAACAGCAGUGAUCAAUGUCUCUACUUUUUUUUAUAGUUUAUGGACAGAAAACCAGUACUUGAUCUUUAACUGAAAUAAUCCUUAUGUCAUGUGAUUGUAGAAAAGCAGGCAGGAUCUAAGUUUUUUUUCACCAUCGUUCACAUAAUAAUCUUCAUAUUGCAGUUUAACAUACGUGAAAUUUACUG